AUAAAAAAAUAAUAAAAGAUCAAUAUAUUUUAUUGUUAAAUUAAAAACAAGCAAGCAUUAAUUUUUUAAAAAAAUUAAAUUCAUUAUAAAAUGUUUCCAUAAACUAAUAUAUUUGGUGGUAACCAAGGGGCAACAGGAGGUGGAUUAUUCAACAACAAUUAAGGAGGUGCAAUGAAUUAAGGAAUGCAACAAGGAGGCUUAUUCACAUAGUAAUAAACUGGGUUAAAUAAUACAUUUGGUGUAUAGCCUUAGCAACAAUAGCCAUAAUUAGGUUAUUUUAACUAAAUGUAAACUAUAAAUCCAAAUCCCUAAAUGACUGGCUUUAACUAAGCUGAAAAAAAUAAAUAGGAUGUCUUCCUUGUACUUAAGCAUCAUAGAUUCAUAAUGGAUUAUCAAAAAAAUUAUCAUAGAUUACUUACACUUAUUUAAGAUGUAUGUUAAAAAACAAAUUAAAAUUUAGUACAAGAAACUCAAAAGCUUGGUGAAGGAAAGGUUACAACUAAUAAUCCAAACACUACUAUUCAAGGAAUAGCAAAUCCUGCAAAUAAUAAUUAAUAGCAAGUCGUUGUUAAAGGAAUUAAUACAGAAAAUAUUGAAUAAACAAGCUAAAAUCUGGAAAAAAUUCGCGAAAAGAAUGAACUCAUAUUUGCUAAAUUAUUUGAAAUUCACUGCUUAAUAGAGAGAAUAGCAUCAAAUGCUAACACAAUCGAAAGAGAUUCUAAUGCAGAAAUGAGGCUUUUCAGGUAGUUUAAUGAUAUUGAUUCAUCAAUUACUCAUCAAAACUAAAAGCUAAUUGAUUUAAAUUAAAAAAUAAUUGAUGCAAAAAACAAUUAAGCAGGAGGUGAAUUGAAUACAAAUAAUAACUAAAAUUCAAGUGCUAGAGAAUAAAAUGGAUCAAUUAAUAAUCAAAACAUAACUAAAAAAAAGUAGGUUCUUAUUGAUAUGCUAGGAUAAAUUAAAAAAGGUGUUGAAAUUAUUAAAGAAUAACAUUAAGAAGACUCUAAAGAUUUUGAAAUAUUAAUCAAAAAGCUAAAUCAAUCUAGGACUCAUCCUUUUUGA